CUCUGUGAAGCUGCUUUCCCAUAACGUGUAUGCAAAAGUUGGUUCUAAAAGGAAAAAAAAUAUCUUCUUGAAAGUGUCACUGAGCUACAUCAAUUUUUAUUGAGCCCAAGAUGUUUCUGGAUGAGCGGAUUGUAACUCUGUUCAAAAGGAAUGCCCAUCACACACUCACUUACUGGAGUGUUUUCUUCAGCUUUGGACUCUGCAUUGCUUUUCUUGGACCUACGAUUUUAGACUUGCAAUGUCAAACAAACUCAACACUUAGUCAGAUCACCUGGGUGUUUUUUGCCCAACAGUUCUGCUUAUUGAUUGGCAGCUCUGUUGGUGGUAUUUUCAAGAGAACGUUGUUGACCGCUCUUGCGGCCUUAUUUUUUUCUGCUCUUGUCAUCUCUGUAAUAUUUGCCAUCAUCCCUCUGUGCAAUAAUGUCCUUGUUUUGGCCAUUGCCAUGGCUGUCUCUGGUUUGGCAAUGGGUCUGAUUGACACUAUUGCUAACAUCCAACUGGUGACCAUAUAUCAGAAGGACUCUGCCGUUUUCCUACAGGCUCUUCAUUUUUUCAUUGGGUUCGGUGCCCUAGUGAGCCCACUGAUUGCAGAUCCUUUCCUCUCAGAGACAGGCUGUGGGAAUCACACAGGGAAUGAGACUGAGGUCAUACAUCAUUUCAGAAGCAUGCUGAGAAACAGUCCAAUCGUAGAGCACAGCAUACCUCUGAGCAACCUGUCCCAUGGGGUAGAGAAAGAGGAGUCCAGUGUGCACUAUGCUUUCUGGAUCAUGGCACUUAUUAAUCUGCCUGUGCCCAUUGCAGUCCUAUAUCUGAUGUAUCGAGAGCAGCUGAUCCCAUGUUGCCCCAAUGGCACGCCACGUCUUUUGGACAAGGAUGAACUAGCAAUGGAGAGCCAGCAGGGGGCCGAGGGCCCAGCUGUGGAACAGAUUGAACAUGAAGCUGGGGUUACAGGUCAUGGGAGUAUCUUUAGCUGCUGUCAGAAUGAUAACCUGCGCGGGCUGCCUUUAUCCUUCUUUAUGAUUCAUAUUCUUGGUGGGAUGGUGCUUUUUAUGACUGAUGGUAUUGUGGGUGCAUAUGCCGGCUUUGUGUACACCUACGCUGUGGCACCACCGAUGUCCUUGCCUCAUAAGACGGCUGGUUACCUGGCCAGUAUCUUUUGGGCAGCUAUCACUGCUGGACGUUUGCUGUCCAUACCACUCUCAUAUCGUUUCCAUCCUGUGAAACUACUCAUAUUCAACCUGGCAGGAGCUAUUGUUUCUGUGUUGUUGCUGCUCAUUUUCUACACCAGCAGCAUCUUUCUGUUUGUCGGGACGUGUUUAUGUGGCCUCUUUCUGAGCAGCAUAUUCCCUUGUAUGCUUGCCUACACUGAAGACAUCCUUGACUACCAAGGUUGCGCAAUCUCUGUCCUUGUGACAAGUGCAGGGAUGGGAGAGAUGGUAAUGCAAGUUCUUGUUGGCUCAAUUAUUCAGACUGAAGGCAGCUACAGCUUCCUGCUGUGUGGAAUGAUAAUUGCCUGCAUUGGUUUUAUCCUCUUUAUUGGUCUCCUGCUGUUCCAUCGAAUGCACAGAAAUUACCUCACAGGAACCUCAAAAAAGUCAGCCAUGGUGGAGGAGCCAGCAACAGAGCAGAACGGGGAAGUCAAAACAGAACAGAUAGACAACGAAGAGAAUAUUCAAGAGAGCCCGAACUGAUGUGUAUUUAACCGCCGACUGGUAGAGACUGAGUAUUGCAGUACAAAAAGGUCAUCAAACAGUGUGUGUGCAAGUGUAUCUUUUUUUGUGUGUUUUUGCAAAGCAGUACUGUUUUAGAUGACAGUCUGGUCUCUUAGAUUGUUUUUAUAAAUUACAACCUGCAUUCAUCAAA